UGUCGACUCUCCGGCAAAACGACACAUUAGUGUUGCGAGUCAGUCGGUUGCUUGUUGUGACGGAUGUGAACCUUUGUUCAGCGAAAGCGGGUUAUCGACAUGCCUGAAUGCGUUGACCUUAGCUAGGUGACCUGUUUACACAUCUUUAUCUGGUGACCGCUGUCGGGAUUUCGUGGAUAUAAAGGAUGAUGGGAGCACUAGUGAACAUCCGGAGAGGAGGUCGCACACCGUCUUUGCUUGUGGUCGCCCUUGUCUCCUGCGUUCUCCUGUUUGGCUUCAACUACUGGGUGUCCAGCUCGAGAAAUGUGGAGCUGCAGACUAAGCUCCUGGAGCUGGAGGGAGUCGUGCGGCGGGCGGCAGCCGACAAGACACGGGAGCAGAUGGGCCGGAACGAGGCGGAGGAGCAAAUACGCAGGCAAACGGAACAGCUGACUCUCUUGGAGGCAGCUCACCAGAGACGGCAACAAAGCGCCCAGAGCAUAUGGAAACAAGAGAAGGAGAGUCUACUGUUGAACAUCUCUUCCACUGCGAAAACUGUUCAGGAAAUGAAAAACCAGAUGCAGAGUCUGCGCGAGAACCUGAGUAAGGUGCAGAAAGAGCUGCAGUUGUGCAAGAACAGCAUGAACACACUGAAUAAGAAACUCACCUAUGACAUGACUCAGUGUAACACGCAGAUACUCGCCCAGAAGGAGGAGUGCAACGAGAAGGUCGCAGCAGCCAAACUGGAGGUACAGAAGAAGUACGAAAAGCAAACUUCAGCCGAAGCAGAUGUUGUUCAGCCUGCCGCCGAAGCGACUGUCUCUAAACCUGUGUCGGAAGCGCUCAAUGGAAACGACUCAACGAAAAACACUGGAGAACAUGAGCAGACCCAACCAGAUUCAGAAUCAAAGCCCAAAACUGCUGACCCUCUAGAAACCAACGAGAUACCGCAAGAUAAAGCUGUUCCGGCAACAAAGGAAUUAUUAAAGCCGGAGUUGCUGACCACCUCAUUACUGCAAAGUCAGAACAGCACCCUGAAAAGCCUGACCAAAGCCAUGGAAGGAGUGAUGGACGUUAAAGAAGGUGACUUGAAGAAUGCAGAUGCUCUGUUAGACGCUGCAGCAGUCACUAAAGGGAAGGAAGAAGAUGCCAUAGAGUAUGACAAUGACGGCGAGAUUGAGAAACGUUUAUCUAAACUAAAAGAUGAUAAAGCGGCUGCACAGGAGUUCGAAGAGGAGAUGGCCGACUACAACGGCGAUGAUGAGAACGAACCCGAGUUUGAAGCUGAUAAACAAGCACAGCUCGCCGAGGUCUAAUACAGAUGCCCACACACACACAAACAGGCUCACACUCGUGCCUGGAGACAGGUGUUAAACCCUCCAUCCUGUUCCUGCUGGGCUAAAUGGCUCUAACCCCCACCUGCUCAAAAGCCGUUUGUAUGAUUGGAAGCAGGCGCGGAAUUUACGUUACUGUUCAGUUUUGCCGCCGUCUCAUUCCACGUAUAUACCAAGUCUCCUACUUGCACAGGAUUUUCCAACAUAUCAAAUGUCAUAAUGCUGAAGAAGGAUCAAGCACUGAACCGUAUUCAUAAAGCUGAAGUUUUUAUACCCGACACUGAAA